GGCGGCUCCUCAACCUGGAAGUUGUGCAUUACGAACGAACGGUUUCUCUUUAAACGGUUAAAUUUCGAAGGCUCACAGUUUGAAGUAAUGUCAAGGAUAGAUCUUGAGCCGGUGUGUUAGUGUUAGAACAUAACCGGAUCGUGUCUUCCUUCCUAUAAUUUCCAAACGUGCAGACAGGUGUGGUACAGGUUCAGGUGAGUGAUGCCUGUGCAGUCCAGCAGUGACUGUCCCCAUCUGGAGUGUGUAGGAGAAAUCACCAAGGAAGAACUCAUCCACAAGUCACAUGGCCAGUGUCAAGACUGCAAGGUUGGAGGACCAAAUCUGUGGGCGUGUCUGGAGAACAGCUGUGCGUAUGUGGGCUGUGGAGAAUCUCACGCUGACCACAGCACUGUCCACUCACAGGAGACGCGGCACAACCUGACAGUGAACCUGACCACCCUGAGGGUGUGGUGUUAUGCCUGUGGGAAAGAGGUGUUCCUGGAGCGUAAACUGGGCCCUCACUCCCCUGUCCGCACGAAGACCCCAACAUCACCUCACACCAACAACACACAGGAGUGUAGCAGGGCGCAGGGCAGUCCCACUUCUCUGAGACUGCCCCCUGCUGGUGGCUGUGAAGACCUGGGCAUGGAGACCGAGGAGGAGGACGAGCUCCGCGCCAGAGGUCUGACGGGACUGAAGAACAUAGAGAACACCUGCUAUAUGAACGCAGCCCUGCAGGCCCUCUCCAACUGUCCUCCUCUGACCCAGUUCUUUGUGGAGUGUGGAGGUCUGGUGAGGACAGACAAGAAGCCUGCUCUGAGUAAGAGCUAUCAGAAACUGGUGUCAGACCUCUGGCACAAGAACAGGCCGUCCUAUGUGAUCCCUACCAAUCUGUUCCAGGGGAUCAAGGCUGUCAACCCCAUGUUCAGAGGAUACUCCCAACAGGACUCUCAAGAGUUCCUGCGCUGUUUGAUGGACCAGCUCCACGAGGAGUUGAAGGAGCCACUGGCCGAGCCCCCCGACAACGACCAUCACUCGCACGCCAUCGCCAUGGACGACGGCCCCGAGGACGACAGCCGCAGCCAAUCUGACGGAGACUUCCAGUCGUGCGAGUCCUGCGAGUCCUGCGGCGGCGGCGGCGAGCGGGCGGACAACAAGGGCGGGAGCGGGGACGGGCGGUCGGCGUUGCCGUCGGGGGAGGAGUCUAACGAGGCAGAGAUGCUGAUCCCUGAUGGACCUGACUCCUCCCACUCCUCGGGCCGGACCAAUAGGGAGUGGCAGAAGGAGAAGAACCUGAUCAACGACCUCUACCGGGGGUCGGGGGGCGCGGGGUCGUCAGGGAGAGACUUGGAUAAAGACGUGGAUACCACUCCCACUAACGAGGCCACGCCCAUCAUCAGCAGCCAGGGGACCAUCAAGGUCCAGAUACAGGGAAGAAUGGCUGACUCGUUCCCAGAGGCAGUGUCCAGCAGCACCAGACACCAGAGUCCAGUCCCUAUGGAGGGAUACAGCUUCACCAAGAUGUCCUGCAGUCCACCAAAGACCAACUCUGUCUGGCCAGGAAUCUCCUCCAGCCAUCAGAAAAUAACCUCGUUCUCCUCACCAAAGAGCAAGCGUCAGAAGAAGUACCGUAGUGUGAUAUCAGACGUGUUUGAUGGGACCAUUGUCAGCUCAGUGCAGUGUCUGACCUGUGAUAGGGUGUCAGUGACCCUGGAGAACUUCCAAGACCUGUCCCUGCCCAUCCCAGGCAAGGAGGACCUGGCUAAGCUCCACUCCUCCUCCCAUCAGACCUCUCUGGUCAAGGCUGGCUCCUGUGGAGAGGUCUACGCAGCCCAGGGAUGGGUUGCCUUCGUCAUGGAAUACAUCAAGAGCUGGUUCUGGGGACCUGUGGUGACCCUACAGGACUGCCUGGCUGCCUUCUUCGCCCGGGACGAGCUGAAAGGAGACAACAUGUACAGCUGUGAGAAAUGCAAGAAAUUACGGAAUGGAGUGAAAUUCUGCAAAGUUCAGAGUGUACCAGAGAUCCUGUGUAUCCACCUGAAGCGGUUUAGACAUGAGCUGAUGUUCUCCACUAAGAUCGGGACUCAUGUCUCCUUCCCAUUGGAGGGCCUGGACCUGCAGCCCUUCCUGGCCAAGGACAGCUCCGCCCACACCACCUCCUACGACCUGCUGUCGGUCAUCUGUCACCAUGGCACCGCCAGCAGUGGUCACUACAUAGCCUACUGCAGGAAUGACCUGAAUAACCUGUGGUAUGAGUUUGAUGACCAGAGCGUCACCGAGGUGUCAGAGUCCUGUGUCCAGAACGCUGAGGCCUACGUCCUCUUCUACAAGAAGAGCAACGAGGACGCUCCGAAGGAGAGGAGGAGGGUGACGGGUCUACUCAACAUGACGGAGGCCAGUCUGCUACAGUUCUACGUCUCCAGACAGUGGCUCAACAAGUUCAAGACCUUCGCUGAGCCUGGACCUAUCUCCAACGACGACUUCCUCUGCUCACACGGAGGUGUGCCACCUGCCAAGGCAGCGUUCAUCGAUGAUCUGGUAGUGAUGCUGCCUCAGAAUGUGUGGGACCACCUCUACAGCAGGUACGGAGGCGGGCCUGCUGUCAACCACCUGUACGUGUGUCACACCUGCCAGACGGAGAUUGAGAAACUGGAGAAGAGACGCAAGACUGAGUUGGACAUGUUUGUCCGGCUGAACAAGGCGUUCCAGGAGGAGGAGUCUCCAGUGGUCAUAUACUGCAUUAGCAUGCAGUGGUUCAGAGAGUGGGAGGGCUUCGUCAAGGGAAAGGACAAUGAUCCACCAGGACCAAUCGAUAACGCCAAGAUAGCGAUCAACAAGAAUGGCCAUCUAACACUCAAACAAGGCGCCGACUCGGGGCAGAUCUCGGAGGAGACCUGGAACUUCCUCCACUCCGUCCACGGAGGGGGUCCGGUCGUCACGGUCCGGCCCAACGUCUCUCACCCCGAACCAGAGGCCUCCUCGCAGUGCGAGGAGAAGAUCGAGGUGGAGACGCGCUCUGUUUAACACUACAUAACUAACUACCCCAACAGGAAACCCCAACGCCAGCCCUGAGGAAAACAACAACAACAACUAAAGCCUUUUAUUUUGCACUUGGCUUUUUAUUUCAAAAGCAUUCGAUCAAAGGACUUCCUUAACCUUGACCACCGCAACAUGACAGCUCUUCUUGACUGUUGGGCAGAAGGAAUAAACAUGUCUGAAAAUGAUAUGAUGACAGUCAUGUUUGUACAUAGAUGUAUAAAUAUCUCAUUUCUAUUAGCACUGUAGAAUAAUGGAUGGAAACGGUGUCCGGUCGUUUCCAGAACCAAGCAUUUAUGAAUUUUGUGUGCAGCUAAAAUGAUUUUUCUGCAUGCCAUGUUCAUUUUUUUGUUUUCUCUUGACCAAAAUUGAGCCGAUGUCACUCUUAGACGUCAAUCUUAUGUCUUGUGUGGUGUAAGUGGAAAAGCUAGAAGAAUCACAAUGCAUCUUACCCGUCCUUAGGGGAAAUAAAAUACUGUCCAAGAAUUGAAUGGUUAGAUAAGUACAAGCUCUUACAUGUUCCUUAAAGUGAAGAAAGAUCUUAAAGAUUAUAAACAAGGGAUAUACUAAGUAACUAGCGGUAACUAGACGUGACCCUGGACAACACCCUGUCGUUCUCCGCUAACAUCAAGGCGGUGACCCGAUCCUGUAGGUUCAUGCU